AUGGGAAGCUCAAGCUCAAGAACACCGCCACUCUUUGCCUUCAUCUUCGUCUGCGCAAUCUUGGCCGCUCAUUUAGUACAUGCUUCAUCUGCAGCCGUCGAUUUCAGUGGAGGCCACCAGCUGGGCCAGCUGAGCUGGGUCUCCACGAGAUCAGCGGGAGGGCUGAUAGCUGAGGACGAGGAUCUGGAGCUGCCGAUGGAGUCCGAGAUCAGCCGGCGCAUCUUAGCCACGAACCGGUACAUCAGCUACGGUGCGCUGAGGAGGAACACUGUCCCCUGCUCGCGACGUGGCGCGUCCUACUACAACUGCCGACCUGGAGCUCAG